AUUGACAUUUGUCCCCUUCGUCUCUACAUUCUAUUUCUUCUUCUUCUUUUUCCUCGAUAUUUAUCUUUAACCAUUCUUUCUUUCCAGUGUACCAACACCCCUGCAUGCGGUUUUUAUUUUCCUGAUCAUAAUAAUAAUGUCUGAGCCACCGAGUUCGUGUUCUUCAUCUUUAAGUUCUUCGUCGUCGUCAUCAUCGUCCUCCGGGUCAACUCAGUCUAACCCGUCUACCGAGCUCGUAAAAGUUUCCAAGGAAGAAGAAGAAGAAGACAGGCCGCGGCUCAAGAGACAACGCGACAACAGCGGGAACAAGCAUCCAGUUUAUAGAGGAGUGCGGAUGCGGAGCUGGGGAAAAUGGGUGUCUGAAAUUCGCGAGCCACGUAAAAAAUCGCGCAUAUGGCUCGGAACCUAUUCCACCGCUGAAAUGGCUGCUAGAGCCCAUGACGUAGCUGCCCUGAGUAUUAAAGGCAACUCGGCCAUUUUAAAUUUUCCUCAACUCGUUGAGUCGUUGCCCCGCCCGGUCUCGCUCGCUCCCCGGGACGUUCAAGCUGCCGCAGCUAAGGCGGCCGCAAUGGCGGAGCUCAGCUCUUUAUGCUCCUCCUCCUCGUCGUCGCUAUCGUCAUCUGCAAGCGACUCAAUAUCAUCACCAUCAACAACUACAAUGACGACUUCGUCGGAGGAGUUGGAUGAGAUUAUCGAGUUGCCGAGUCUGGAGGAGAGUUUUGACUCGUCCGAGUUGACACUGUCUGACUCGGUGGUCGACGGGUGGCUGUUCCCGCCGUGGUGGGUGUCUGACGCUGAGUUCUACGGCUAUUUGCUGGGUCAAGCUGCGGUUGGUGAUUGCGAGUUGCUGAAACCCAGCAGCUUUGGGGACAUUGAAAUGGGUUAGCUCCACGUGGUACACCUAAAAUGUCUAGAAUUUUUUUUUCCUCUUUUUUUUUAUUUAUUAUAAAGAGAAAAUGUCUAGAAGCUGUUUGGCUUAUGGUUUACAUUUUUGUUCCACUAGGGCCACAAUAUAUAAUAUAUACCCAUGUCUAUAAUAUUUUGGUUCUUGCUAA